CCGCCUUCUCGGUUUCGACCAAUGAGAGGACAGAGUACUCUGGCGCCGUCCAGUCAUAACACACUAUUCCUUCUCCAGACAGAACGCUCCCCAACAUGGCUGCUGCGGUACAGUAAAUGAUCAGAAGUACAUUUGUGUUCGAGAGAAACACGUUAUUAUUUCAGACAGACAUCAACAACGGCUGGACAUUAGAAAAGACCUGUACAUGGAUGUUACGAAGAGGAUCCCUGUGCUGCACCUGAGCAACAGUUAAUCCUCCAAGCAAAAACCCCAAUCCCUACAGUGUUCCUUGCUUCUCUCCGCUGGUCCCUGCAGGUGUGGGCGUGCCUCCUGUCACACUGGCAGAGGAGGCGGGGCAGGAGGUGUUGCCAGGUGGGGGACCAAGGCUGCACCCACCUGCCUUCUCCAUCUUCCUCCGUCCGGUUCUGACCCACUUGAUCUGCAGCUUCCACAGGCAGCCGUCUGAGAAGGAUCUGUCCGAGAGCCUCAGCAGGGCUCUGCCAGGUGCCGUUGGCUGGUUGAGGCGCAGAGCAUGUUGAGUGGUUGUGGUUGCCAUGGAGCAGCAGGAUAAGAAGCAGGAGGAGGAUGCUAUGACUCUGGGCCUGUCGACUGGCCAUGCUCUGGUGAAGCUCCGGGACCAGCUCAGCAGCCUGCUGGAGCAGCACCAAAGGGCCACACGCAGACGAACCUCUGCACAGGAACAGUGGGUGAAUAACUUCCUUUACCAUGCCAGCCGUCAUUCCUGUCUCCAUUGGCCGGGAGCUGCCCUCACUCUACUGGUGGUGCUGGGACUCCUCUGCUGCCACGGCAGCCAGCCAAAGGGCAGUUCUGGUAUAGAGCUGGUGAACGCUGCAGCCCUUCUUCUCCUCUUCCUGCUGAACCUGCUGCUGGUCGGACGUCAGGAGAGGCUGAGGAGGAGUGAGAUGGUCCGGCGCCUCAAGGGCAUCAUCACACAGCUCAGUGACUAUAUGUCAGGGUGUGUGGGUGAAGUGCGGUGGUCUCCGUCUCUGUACCCUGAUCUGUACACACCCGCGUCCCAAUCGUGGUCCCUUCACUGGACGUACCGCGACUCCCAGUUGGUUAACCUGCCUGUCAGUCUGCUGGUGGAAGGAGACGUCAUCGCUCUGAGACCUGGCCAAGAGGCAUUUGCAUCCCUCAGAGGCAUUAAGGAUGAUGAGCACAUUGUGUUGGAGCCAGGAGAUUUAUUCCCCCCAUUUUCCCCUCCUCCUUCCCCACGGGCCAAUGAGAAGAGAGGGCCUCAGAGCCCCCAGCAGCACCGUCUCUUCAGAGUGGUCCGGACUCCAGUACUGGACAUGGUCAGGAACACGUUGGAGAUGGCAUUAGCUCGACCAGUCACGGUGCUCGAUAACGAGAGGUUUACAGUGCAGUCGGUUAUCACCAAGCUAGUUUGUCCUGUCGUGCUGGUGGCAUUCCUGCUCGUGAACACUGUCCGCUUUUGUUGUGAUGCACCCAGCCUCACCCCCAGCCGCUACCAUUUCUUUCAGCUUCAGUUGAUGGGUGUUCUGCCCAUCUUGCCCUUGCUCUUCCCCGUCAUGUGGGUGCUGCUGAACGCCUUCGGAGAGGCCAGGGUCCUUGCUGAGUUCAGCCGCGCAUCACCAGCUGGUCUGACUCUUCUCUUGCCCCAGCUUGCUAAGUUCUCUGAGGACACGCUAAGCAGCUACACCGAAGUGGUUUCCUCCCAGUUUACCAGCCCUCGGCCAGAAAGUUCACUUUGGAUGCUGCCUGAUAAAGAGAGGAGGCAAGGAAAGGAGAUGCUGCGUUGUGUGUGGAGGCACCUGGUUGACGUCCUGAAGGGAGAGUCUCAGACACUCUGUUACACUUCAAGCCUUUUACAUACUCUGGGAUCUGUCACUGUGCUGUGUUGUGUGGACAAGCAGGGUAUCCUGUCGUGGCCUAACCCCAGUCCAGAGACCGUGCUGUUCUUCAGUGGACAGGUGGAGCCCCCUCACAACAGCCAGGAUGAUCUUAGAGACGACCUGUCUGUCAACUCCUACUGCCACAUGGAGACAGAUGAGGACAGGGAAGAGGCCCAGGAGGCGGAGGCUCUGCUCGUCCUACCAGCAGAGUCCUCCACCCAGCUGGGAGAAGGUCCAGAGCCUAGUGAGACGUCACACGACACUCCUCGCUCGUCUGACAAUCCCCGGCUCCAGCGCUCCUGCCAGCCUGCACACACUCGAAUCAAACAUCACUCUGGAUCCAAUGUAAGCUUCAGCCAUGACACUGAGGGAGGGGAGGACGACCAGGGCCAGGACUUUGCGAUGGGCUGCUUGGAGAUGGAAGCCGAGGACUUUGUGUGUGACUACCACCUUGAGAUGCUGAGCCUGUCGCAGGACCAGCAGAACCCAACCAGCAUCCAGUUCGACGACCUCUCCUGGCAGUGCCACCUGCCCUCCCUCAAGCCUCUGGGCCUCAACAUCAUGCUGAACCUCUGCAACGCCAGCGUCACCCAGCAGCUCUGCCGCUUCUCCGACCACCUCUCCAACUUGGCUCUGCAGGAGAGCCACGGCACCGUGCUACCCGUCCACGUGCCCUGGGGGCUGUGCGAGCUCUCCAGGCUCAUAGGGUUCACUCCUGGUGCAAGGGAGCUGUUCAAACAGGAGAAUCACUUGGCUCUGUACCAGCUGCCAUCUGGAGAGAAGACCAAGGAGUUCACUUCCCGCCGCCUUCAUUACUUCACCAAACGCCAGCCUCCCAUCUCCCACCUUAUUUCCCUGUUCGUACGAGACUCUUCCUCCAAUAACGUCCAGAUGCUGUCACAUGGCUCGGCCGACCUUAUCCUGGAGGCCUGCACUGACUUCUGGGAUGGAACUGAUAUUUAUCCCCUCUCAGGCUCAGACAGAAAGAAGGUUCUGGACUUCUACCAGCGUGCCUGUCUGUCGGGUUACUGCUCAGCAUUUGCGUACAAACCCAUGCAAGUAUCGUUGUCCAGCCAACUGAAUGGGAAGUGUGUGGAGCUGGCCCCGGGGCCCUGCCUCUUCUCCGGAGUGGAACUUCCCUCCACUACCCCUAUCAAACAUAGCUCCUGCAGAAACAGCUGGAGCUCCGACGGUACAAAGGGUAUAGGUGAAGGUGUGGAGCGUGAAGACUGCGUUCAGGCCCUCAGCGGGCAGAUCUUCAUGGGCAUGGUAUCGUCUCAGUACCAGGCGAAGCUGGACACGGUCCGACUCAUUGAUGCCCUGGUCACUGCCUGUAUCCGUUUUGUUUACUUUUCUAUGGAGGACGAACUCCGCAGCAAGGUUUUUGCAGAGAAGAUGGGUUUAGAGACAGGCUGGAACUGUCACAUCUCUUUAACUCCAAAUGGGGACAGUCCCUGUGAUGGAGCUCCAUCCAGCCCUGGUCACGGCUCCCUGCAUGAAGACCUUAACCAAGAUUCUCGGGAUGAAGCAGAAGGUCCACUGCUGCCAGAGGAGGAAGCCCACUCUGACCUGGCCAGUUUCCAGCCCACAGACAGCGAUGUGCCCAGCUUUCUGGAGGACUGCAACAGGGCCAAGCUACCUCGUGGUAUCCACCAGGUUCGUCCUCAUUUGAAGAACAUUGAUAAUGUGCCUCUUUUGGUGCCGCUCUUCACUGACUGCACCCCUGACACCAUGUGUGAGAUGAUGAAGAUCAUGCAGGAGAACAGGGAGGUUACAUGCUGUCUGGGAAGCUCCGCCAAUUUCCGCAACAGCCGCCUCUUUCUACAGAGUGAUGUCAGCAUCGCUCUGGACCCUCUGUACCCGUCACAGUGCUCGUGGGAGACGUUCGGCUAUGCCACCAGAGGAGGAUUCAACAGAGACGCCGAAGGCCUGUCUCCUCUGAGGCUCUCUGGACAGCUCAACAGUCUGGGCUGUUCCGUGACCUUCCACCAAGGCGAGAGCGUCAGCAUGGUCAAGCUCAUAGAGCAGGCACGACACACAACCUACGGCAUCCGCAAGUGCUUCCUUUUCCUGCUGCAGUGUCAACUGAGCCUGGUCAUCAUCCAGUUCUUAGCCUGUCUAGCUCAGCUUCCGCCUCCCAUGAACAUCACUGACAUCCUCUGGCUUUCCUGCUUCAGCUGCCCACUGCUAAGUGUGUCACUUUUGGGCAAGCCACCAGACAGCACAGUGAUGACAGUUGCCACAGGGAAGAACUUAGAUGCAAUUCCAAGGAAGACCCAGAACUACUUUCUUGGCUGUUUCCUGUUGAAGUUUGGCCUGACAGCGUGUGCCUACCUGUUGGCCUUUGGGUUCACCCUGCAGGAGGUCUGCCUCAGAAGCACCAACUUAACCUUAGCUGACAACACCACUGUCCCCUACCUUCAUUUACUCACAGCCAGCUCUUCAAGCGACGCUCCUCUCUGGUUCAGUGAGCUGUCAAACGGCCUGCUGCUGACUCAGAAGGUCAUGGCAGGGUUCCUCGCUUUACACACAGUGGUCAUCUCCCUCAGCUAUGUCCAUCGCUCUCAGCCUGUGUGGAGGAAGAGUCCCUUCAGCAAUACCUGGUGGUGUCUCACUGUACCUGUGGUUCUGGUCAGCCAGAUUGUUCAGGCCACGGUGGAUUACCAGUUAUGGCGUGACCAGGGCAGCCUCCUGACCUUUAACCUGGGCGACAUACCCCUGCUAGCCUGGCUGUUGGUCUCUCUGUCCCCGCUGCUGGUGGUGGUGGUCAACGAAGUGGUGAAGCUACACGAAAUACGGGUGCGAGUUCGCUACCAGAAGAGACAGAAGCUGCAGUUUGAAACAAAGCUGGGGAUGAACUCUCCAUUCUGAUGUGUUAACUCUGAGGAAGUUUAUGUCGUGGCAACACUGGGAACCAGUCAGUCUGUUCUGGAAACCAGGGAAGGCUGAACCCCCGUUAACACUCUGGCCCAACAGGACUGCAACAAUCAGGUGGAGCAGAUAUCAAGCAAAUGUCACGGCGUGGACUUCAUGACACAAAUGUUUUAGCUCUGUGUUCUUAAAACAGUUAAUAUUCUGUCAGUAAUUUCAAGGGCAGGGAAAAGGAAAAUUCCAAAGCAUUAUUUUCCAUUGAGUAGAAAAGAGCCAAAAAAAAAACAUUUUCAUUGUGUGGUUUUAGUUUUAAAGGCAUGAGGAAUGUUUUCUGAAGAGGUUUAUACUUCCUCACUAUCACUUCUGUUCUCCAUCUCUGAGAUGGCUGUGGUGGCUGCUUUCAUCUCCAGGAAUGCUCCAGGUCCCAAACAAUCCACUGAAAGCUUUCAGCGGAUGUUUUUGUGCUCAAGUGCUUUUUAACGUCAUCCAAUGACACACAUUGAAUUGUGUCAUGUCAUUAGACCAGCCCAGCCUUGAUUUAAUUUAACAUAAUAUCAGAAAAGGAAAAACACAUAAAAAAGAACAGGUAGUCUAUGGCCCCAAAGUGUUCAGUAUUAAAAAAAGUCAUUUUAUUUUUCUUAAUGACACUUUCUUUAUGUCAGUCACCACCCUCUGGUGACAACGCCACAUUCAUUAAGAAAGUGACGCUGAAACGAACAGUGUAUUGAUAUGAUUUUUUAUUGCAUGAUGUCUUUAAUGUAUUUAAUAUUGAACACACUGGGGCUCCAGAUGUAACAAGGUCGUCAUUGCUUGACAUCAACACAAUAUGGUGUAACACUACCUCUGAAAAAAUGUGACAAAUUGCUUCUCUAAGCUUUCUUUCUAAACCGUUCUGUCGUUCAGCCUUUGAGCCACAUUUUAAUCUUCACUGUGGUAGCCAGCAAGUUCUUUGUUUUUGUUUUUUUUAUUUAGUAUUUUGCAACAAAUGUUCUUUGUUAUUCCCCACUUCUGCUAAGCUGAGGCCCGAUCUGCUGUAACACAAUAAGGAAUGAACGAUUAAGGAUUGAAUUGGAUCUGUCAUGUGUUUACACACUAAAUCUACAUUUCAAUAUACACUGUAUACACAUUUAUCUAAAUGAAGAAUGUGCCAGCGUGCUAUUUUGAACCCGUCCAGCAGGCUGUGCAGUGAUCUUAGCAAGUGACUGGCUAACAUACCAGAAAGGUGCUUCAUAUCAUUCAGUUGCCUUUCUCCUCAGCCUGUCUUUCUGUUUCAGCUCACGACACCUUGACAGACAGGCGCUCAGGAUACUGUUCAUUUCAAAGUAUAUAAAAAUGAAUAGUAGCUUUCUUCUGCGCAUUUCUUACAAUUACCCCAUAUUUCGUAUUUGAUGUGCUGACCAGCAUAUUCCAGAGAUUCUGAUUUUUUUUCCCUGAUCAUCUUCAAGUUUCCACAUUAAUCUACUGUGUUCGGGGAUUUCUGUUCCCACAGUUAAUGUGCAGCAUCAGCAGCAGACGUCUGUUUCACUGAUGGUCUUUUUCAAUCAGACCAGCCUUCUGCAUGGUGCUGUCAUUAUCUUAGAUGGACAUGAUUUUAAUAUUGCUACUGUAUACAACUGGGAUGAUGGCAUUUACUGGUAAUACAUUACUCAGAACUAAAGACCAUGCUUUUAUUAUGUCAUAAAAACUGUCUUUAAAAAAAUAUGGAACUAUGAAAGUCACACAUCAGUGCUGGAUUAACUUUUGGAGGUCCCAGGGCAAAAAUGAGCUGCGAGACCCCGAUCAGUUUCUCAAUUUAUUUUCCAGAAAAUGUGUUAUAUCCUGAUGUAUAAAAAGAUUGUUAUAUAAGAUAAUAUACACUGUUAUAUAGGAACUGUUUAUUUUUUCUUUUAUGUUUUUAUUUAUGUGGGAAUCAAGUCACAUAAAAUGAGAAUUUUUACUCCAUUAUUAAAAUAUUUUCCUCUAAAAGAAACAAGUGGAUAGAGAAUUUUAUCCAUAUCACCCACCCCUAUUCUAAACAAAUUUGCAGUCAAUCUAAUGAUUACAAACUGAUCGACACAGUGAACCUGGGGCUUUUGAGAACCCUGAAGUUCUGAGGUCUGUUGGUAAUCCAGCCUUUAUUCUUGUCUACUUGUAGUCUUAUCAAACCAUGGCAUCUGGGGUUUGACCUCAGGUCUGUAGUCACCAUAGAGGUCACUGGGGUCGUUGUUUCUUUCAUUAUUCUGUGAAAUGUGACUGCUUUUAAGCAACAAUAACUAAAUGAACAGGCUCAUGAUCUCAGUAUAUUUAAUGUCCUGGCCACGACCGGUUUAAUCUCUGCUCUCUUUUAUAUAUGUGCCUGUUUUUAGUUUUCCAUAGCUGCAAAUGCUCUUUAAGUUCCACAUUUAUAGUGGGGGUGUAUGUGAAGAGGUACAAGUAAAGAAGCACAAAAGUGAAAACAAGAUCAACAAUGACAGAGAGAAGGAGGGACGGAAAUAACGACAUUUGUUUUUUUUUACGGCAGUACUCAUGAUCACUUUCUGGAUGGACACAAAAGUCGGAGUGAAACUACUGAAGAUGGUGUUGAGACAAAGACACAUUUAGGAUUUAAUUUGCUGUUUUAUCUCAUGACAAACAUAUGGACUAUGCUGCAUGAAUAAGAUUCAGUGAAUGCUCUGUCUUGAUCAAUGUACAUGUUAUCUAUAAGUCUACUGUUUUGUUCACAACACAAAUGGACUCAGUCAAGCAUGGACGUCAUACUGUAUGUUACCAGGCCUCUGGUACAACCUGCAACAUCGAUGCUAGGCGUUUCGAUAACAUCACCAUUCACAUGCUAUAAGUUGAAGCCUCUGACAGUUGAUUUGUAGGGUGGGGAUGGGUGAUGAUGAACUAUGAUAUAGUUGUUCACAAGAUACAUAAAUGUAUAUUUUGUAUUUUUUAAGGUGUCUAUGUUCAGGACUUUUGACAAGUUUGUGUAUUGAUUAUGUCAUAUUAAUAAAUAUGUUCUUUUAUUUAUGA